GUGUGACAAUAUGCAUGCGUAUAUCCCAGUUAAAUCGCGGAAAUGCUGUCGAAUUUUCAAUGUUUUAUAUUGAUUGGCGGAAGGAUACACUUGCUGUAGCCUUUUCUCUGAAAUACACGCCAGUACGUCUGCGCCAUGAGUUGAGAGGUUAUACAUGUGUCUGAAAAGAGUGAAGAUUUUAUUUUUGGUGAAGGGUAUGUUUGCAGAUAAUGUCCUCAGCUCAUUCCAAAACAAAAGCGGAUUACAGUUUGGCUAACUACGCGAACCAGGAGACUCAGCCGUCACCUCUCGCACUGCUUGCUGCUACUUGCAGUAAGAUUGGUAAUACUGCCAGUAAAGAGACGCAUCUUGUACAGGAGCAGAAGCAGCAACACGGUGCAUCAACGCCAGAAGUUGUGUUGACACUGGACGUGCCGCCGCAAUUACAGCAACAACUAGCUACACAAGGACAACAACAGCAACUGCGCCUACUGAACUCUUUGCAGCAGUUGCAUACAACUCAGCCGCAACAAACUGACAACAAUACAGCGACAACCGUGGCGGGCCUCCAGCAGCAGAUAGUGAGAGAGACUAUUAGCAGAGAAGCGUUGUCCAUCUCAAGUCCCUCCGUGCAAGUACAACAACAGCAGCAGUCCCAGCAACAACAGCAGCAACCACAAGUUAUAACACUUUCUCAGCUACAAAACUUUCUUCCCUUGCAACAGGCAGGGCAUCACGUGACCCAUGUUCAGCCAUCGGAUAACAAUGCCCACAGUCAACAACAAACAACGCAACAGGCUUCUCCAUCUGUCAAGGGCUAUGUCACCACUUCCACUGCUGCACCCACUGUUGUCUCAGUGCAGGGUGUCCCCGGACAGUUUUUACAGCAGGGUGCCCAGCUAGUGACAGCUGCAGGGCAGAACCUGGCAUACAAUGUGGUUCAGCCCAUGCAGACAGUUACAGUGGAUGGACAGGAGGCUUUGUUUAUUCCUGCGAUGUCCGCAGGUCAGCAUCAGGCUUUACAGAUUGCUGGUGGGCAGACGUUAAUUACACCUACAGGGCAGAUUAUUAGGGCACCUGGAGUUUUUCCCACAAGCAUACUGCAGAACGUAGCGGGCCAGACAGUACAGAUGACAAAUGGCCAAAAUGUGUCAGUCAGGCCAGCAAGCAUGCCACAAGUGGUCCAGUUUCCUAUGCAGCAAACCAUCCCAGUGCAAGUGCCCAUUUCAACUGCAAAUGGACAGACUGUACUGCAGACCAUUCAUUUUCCUGUUCAAGCAAUUGCAACAGCAAUUCCAAAUAUAGUACAGACUUCGGGCAAUCAGAUGCAAAUGUUACAGCAGCUUGGUCAGGUGCCGACACAGCAAGUGGCCCAAAUCAUCACUCCAUCUGGCCAGAUCCAGCAGGUGCAGCUGACUUCAGCGGUGCAGCUGAGUGGCUUAGUACAAGCUCAAGCUCAGGCUCAAGCACAGGCUCAUGCGCAGGCCCAAGCACAAGCCCAUGCCCAGGCCCAAGCUCAGGCGCAGGCUCAAGCUCAAGCUCAGGCGCAGGCUCAAGCUCAAGCUCAGGCGCAGGCUCAAGCCCAGGCACAGGCUCAAGCCCAGGCACAGGCUCAAGCUCAGGCCCAAGCUCAAGCUCAGGCGCAGGCCCAAGCCCAAGCCCAGGCACAGGCCCAGGCUCAAGCUCAAGCCCAGGCGCAGGCCCAAGCUCAGGCCCAGGCGCAAGCACAAGCCCAGGCGCAAGCCCAGGCGCAAGCCCAAGCCCAGGCUCAUGCCCAGGCACAAGCCCAGGCCCAAGCACAGGCGCAGGCACAAGCUCAUGCACAGCAGGUGCAAGCCCACCUACAAGCCCAGGCUCAGCAGAGUGUGAUACCUGCAGGAACCAUCAGCUCGGGCACUUUAACACCCAGUUCCUGGAGUCCAGCUAGUGCUUCAACACCUGGAGUUAGUGUACAGACAGUACCAUCACCAACGCUGGUAAGUGGAGGGGAGCAGUGUAGUGCUGCUGUGCAUUCUGCCCAGCAACAACCACUCUCCCAGCAGCAGCAGCAGCAGCAGCAGCAACAACAGCACCACCAACAGCAGCAGCAACAGUCUCCUCAGCAGCAGCAAUCUCAGCAGCAGUCAGCAGUGUCUCAGCAGCAGCUACAGCAAUCUCAACAACAGCAGCAGCAACAGCAACAACUUCCGCAGCAAGCAGCUCAGUCACUUUUGCUUGGUCAGGGGCAGCCUAUCACUUUGACUGGUGCACAAGGCCAACAACUGACUGUCAUACCUGCAUCCAGCCUUGCAGGACUGCGAGCAUCUGCGGGAGGUGGUAUUAUACAGGUUCCUAACUUGCAGGCAAUACCAGUGCAAAACAUUCCUGGUCUAGGCAAUGUGCAGCUGAUCCCAGCCAGUGCUCUGUCAGUCAAUGCACAGGGCCAGUUGGGAGUCCCAACAGCUCAACAAGCAACAGGGACGAGCCUAGCUGCCACUCCUGCUCAGGUAGUGGCAGCUCAGAGUGGUGGCCAGCACAGUUCGCAGCAGACUGACACUGUGGAGGGGGUUGGCCUGGGCACAAAGUGGCAUGUUAUCCCUCACCAGCACGUCGGACAGGCACAGGUUGUUGUCACAGCACCUCAUCCUGUUACAGUCACAUCAGCUCCAGCUGAGGAUACACCAGAACCACAGCAAAAGAUACGACUGCGGAGAAUAGCCUGCACUUGCCCAAACUGCUGUGAUGGUGGAGAAAGAAAUGCAGAACGUAAGAAGCAACAUAUCUGCCAUAUACCAGGGUGCAAUAAAGUGUAUGGGAAAACGUCACACCUUAGAGCACAUUUAAGGUGGCAUACUGGAGAGCGACCUUUCAUAUGUAACUGGGUAUUCUGUGGGAAGAGAUUUACACGCUCAGAUGAGCUCCAGAGGCACAGACGAACACAUACAGGAGAAAAAAGGUUCCAGUGCCCAGAAUGCAAUAAGAAGUUCAUGAGGAGUGACCAUUUAACCAAACACAUCAAAACUCACACUAAAAGAUCUGGGGAUUAUGACGAUACAGAUAUGAGUGAAAAAGAAGUCUGGGUGUCUGAUGUUGAUCAAAAUGGAAUAUUUUCGCUGAAACAGAUACAGUUUUCUCAGGAAGCUGCAACAUCAACACAGUCAGUCUCAUCUGAUGGCAGUUCAUCAAAUGAUGAAAAGAUGAUGAUCACUCUACAGACAGAAGCUGAUCAUUCUGAUCUUGCAAUUAAUGAGGCUAUGGACUCUUCGAUGUCAAAUUAAAAUGGUUAACUCAAGAGCCUUUCAGGAUUUUUAUAAGUACAUGAGACUUGAAGUGUAAAUAUGUAUUUUAUUUUGACUGUUAAUGUGAACUGAGAGAUUCCAGUGAUUGUGCAUAUGUAAAGACAGAGCUUAAUGAUUAAAUCACUGCCUUAGAUUUAUUGUGUAACCACUCGGUGGUGAUACCAAGAAGUGCCUCAAAAAUUGUAUAAUGUGUGUUUUUUUGUGUGUGUGUGUGUGUGUGUGUGUGUGUGUGUGUGUGUGUGUGUGUGUGUGUGUGUGUGUGUGCGUGUGCGUGUGCGUGUGCGUGUGCGUGUGUGCGUGCGUGCGUGCAUUCUUGCCUGCGAGCAAGUAUGUUAAGUUGGAGAUUGUUUGUAAAUAAAUACUGAAAGUAAUUUUACUUUCCUACAUUGUAUACAUUGUUUUGAAUAAUAUUGUUUUAAAAUCAAAACUGAGUUUUGAAAUUGUGUAUGUGUUGCACAGUAUAAUUGUAAAUCAUAGUUAGGUAGAUGAGGUAUUGUCAUAAUAUCUUUAUAUAAGUUGUGGCUGCUGUUUUAACUCUAGUUUCCAGAAAGAGAGAGAAAUUUUCACAGUUAUUUAGUUGUAUAAAAUUGUUUCAAAAUGAAAUUUUAAAUAUUUAUGUGUGUGUAUGAAUGCGUGAAGACAUUCACAAAACACUGUGAGUUACAUGUGAGAGAGAAUGGUUUUCCCCCUUAUUGGGGCCAAGGAAUGACAGUUCUCUAAUAAAAGUAAUUUCAGGGUAUUUUUUUAAUUGUGGGAAUUGCCCAACAUCUGCAACAGAUAUUAUAAGUUAUCCAUUGCAAAGUUAGCAGACGUUUAUAAGCAUUAGACUCAAACUUUUUUUAAUGAAAACAAAGUGUGAAUAUCUCAUUGUAAUGAAUUAAUUAAUUAUGAACCAACUUAAUGACUGAAAAUUUAACCCUUAUUCAGCUGUAAUUCACAGAGUUGAAACUAGGUUGAGGAAUUAUCACAAGGAAGGCUUAGUUGAGUAAUUUGGUGAAGAUAACUAAAAGAAACAGCAAAAUUCCUUGUUUUUUAUUUGCUUUAUUUACUGCAGUUGAGAUGCUAAGACAGGAGAGAUCACUGACAUUGCCAUUCAGUACAUCUUUAUUGCAUAUAAAGUAUGUAAUGAGAGUCAGUGUAACAGAUUGAUAUUAUUCAUUUAAGUGCUAAUCCACUUCUUGAUGAUCUCAAGUGUACUCUUAUUUUGGACAUUUGUUAAGUCAUAUUCAUUCAGCCAAAGACAGGAAGUAAUACUGUUAAAUGUGUGAUGGAGCUUUUCGCAGAAAUAUGAACCUUGAUGGAAUUGUUUACUUGGAAACACGGUACAUGAUAUUUGGGCUGGCAUAGAAGGAGAAAAAUUUGUUAAUGCCUGCAACACUAAUGUAACUAACUAAUUUAUUCUUUCUUAUUCAUAUCAUUAACUAAUUGUAUGUGACAUUUUGAUUUUUUCCCCAGUAUUUAUGUAUGAUCUCAUUUCUGUCAGCAGUAGGUGGUAUAACAGUAAUAUUUCAGGGUCUAAAUGUUAGCUGCAAAAGUCAACCUUUUCUUUUUUAACAAAAUUUGAUAUUUAAGACACAAAUUUUACUAACAAAGCUAGCCAUGUUCUGUUUUGUGAAGUACCACUAUUAAGCAAAUGACAGCACUUUGUAUUCUUAAAUAUAUCUCGAGCAAUCAAUUACUACAAUUUUUCUUAGUUGGUAGUUACUCCAUUAAUUUAUGUAUCAUUAACAUCAACAACUUUCUGCACAUCAUGUUCUUUUAACUUUUUCUCACCUUUAAAUACUUCUGAAGAUUAAAUUUACUCAUCAAAUGUAUUGUGUAAAAUGUUACACAUAAAAUUGGUUUUUCCUUCCAAACCUUUGUUUGCUAUAGAGUAAUUUGUGCAGCAUGAUUGUUUGACUUUCAGCUUUCAUUAUUCAUAUUACACAAGGUUUUACCUCAUUCCAGAUGUAGUAAACUGUCACAAAACUUGAAUAUACAGGAACAGAAAAAUUCCCCCUCCCCUUUUUUUGUUUUUUUCUGUUGAUAUAUAACAAGUGUAAAUGUUUCUUAUUGCUUGUGAAGUAUUUGCAAUGUAACUUUCAUCUACUCAGGUUUGAUUUAGGCCAUCUGUGAACCACUUUGGCAGUUUUUGUAUUAAUCUUCAUCACUCUUGUUUUUGUGUUGUGCCAGUGUUUAUUUACCCUCUUUUCCUUUGCUUAAAGAAGCUGAAAAUUCUUUUUGUCAGUCUGUUGUAUCUGUUCAUAGAUGUGUACAUAAAAAUGUGGGAGGUAAGGUGAUGUACCACAUGAUGCACCAGCAAAUGUCAUAUGUCAGUCUGUCUGUAGAAUGCACUUUAUAACAGUCUUAUCAGUGAGUUUUGUUACUUUUGCUAUGAUUUGGUGCUCUUCAGCUCUUGAUUUUGCUGUUCCCAAGUCGCUGUCAAUGACAGACAUUAGGCCAUGUAUGUCAGACAGUCUAUCCUAGACCAUUUCUCCCUUCCAAUCUGAAUGCUUUCACAAGAGACUCCUUUUGGCACGACAUAUUACAGGACUCUGAUGUCACUCCCGUGACUUUCGCCUGUUAUUUGGUGUUGGUAAGUCUUCGCUUGAGAUUUCUUGUUUUGCUAUCCAUUCCAAAUGUUUUAAGACCCCAAACUAUGUAUUGAAUCUGCAGGCUUUCUUUAAAGUUGAUAAAAAUUACAGUAAGCUUGCUUCUUCUAAGCAUCUUCUACCUUUGAAUUCUUUAUGCUGAAGAUCUAUUCAGCACAUGAUCUAACUUUCAAAACCUUGCUAGGUAUUUGCCCUAGUCCCUCUUCUAUUCUGGUUUGAACCGCACUGGAUAUUAUUUUAUAUGGGAGUGAAUGGAAUAUUGUUCUUAUUCCCCUUUUGUGCGGCAGAUCACGAGCACUGUUAAGCAGUCUUCAGGGAUUAUUUUUAUUUCCCACUUUACUGUGGAACUUUUCUGAUUUUAUGAAAGUUUCCUCUUUUCAAAAUGCUUUGUGUUCUACGUAAGUAUUUUAUGUUUGAAUUGUUGGGUAAUUUGAGCUAUUAUACCAGUCAAGGCACACAAAUUAUAUAAAAUUUCAUUUUAUCUAGUUAUUUUGUGGAGACUUUCAUUGUUGUUCCCAUAAUAGACUUGAAAUUGAGGACAUAACUUUCUGAAAAUUUGAUUCUUUGUCAAACAAUAUCAUUAUACAUCACUGAAAACCCACCAGAAAAACAGAAUCUGAAGGUGCACAGUCCUACUUAUGUUUCACAAUGACUUAACAUUGCAUGUGAUAAAUUAUUUUCUUCCCUAUUAAGAUCCUUCAGUUGGUGAACUUUUGCUUUUACUUAUCUAUGCUGUCUCUCCUGGUUUAAAGGCAAUUCAUACAAUCUAAAGAAUUUUAAAAUGUUUUCUUAAGAAUUUCUAUUCUUGCCAAAGACUGCUAUAGCUUAUCCCAGAAAUAAUGUGGAAGUUUGGCUAAUGGUUUGUCACCAUGCAUGGAAUGCAGUGGAUAGAAGGUAGUCAAAUCUGUGCCACUAGGUUUGUCAAUGUAUUUGCACCAAUUUAUGAUGCAAUCUUCAGAAUUUUUUUUUUUUAAAUUGACAUAAUCCAUCAUUUAGUGUAAUUUGAAUUGCGAAAACAUUGUGGCUCUUUAAUGUUGUCCCUGUUACAAGCAUCGUUAAAAUUUGCCAUUUUAUAUGCAUUACACUUAAUGUGCUGAAUGUGCCCAGUAGAUUUGUUACAUGCAAUGGCAAAUUAGACUUAUAUUGUUCCUGAAUAAUUUUAUAAUGUUUAUGCAAUGAUUGUUUCAGUGCACUUGUGUAUUGUAUGAAUAGUUUAAUACAUGUGAGACUUUACCAAGCAGUCACAGUCAAAGAGACUGAGCAGUAUCUUAUUUUAAUUGUGUUGUGUAUUAGAAAGUACUUUACUGUAUUUGUCAGUACAAAGAAAAAUUACUUUAUCUAAGUUGUGGAAAAGGCUUAUGAGAAAUUUAAAGUUUAUCUGUCUUAUGAGAAUUUUAUUGGUGUCUUUCUGUACUGAGAUAUAUACUGUUCAUAGUCUAAUUGCUGAAAUAUUCUAUAAUUUCCAGAUUAUAGCAGUUCACAAAACUGUAGGUGUCAGGUUUUGUAAGUCAUAAAAAAUAUAUCUAAAUACCUGUUAAAUGAUGAAAAUAAAUUAUUUUUGUACUUAAAUGUAUUUAUAAAAUAUUAACUCUUGAACAUAGGCAGAUAAAGCUUUUUGAACAUAAAUA